GGAGGAGGUUGAGUGGCGUACUGUUUCGGCAUUGGUGGCCCAGAUUCGUGCUAAGGUGCUGGAGAAAACAGGAAUGUCUUGCAGUGCAGGCAUUGGGCCGAAUUUUUCGAUGGCCAAAAUGGCUAGCAAUGUGAACAAACCGAAUGGGCAAUUCUGUUCUUGCCUUUUUAACGAUGUGGCGAAGAAUUUAUUGGCUUCCUCGGGGGCAUCAUCCCAAAGCAGCUCGAAUUGGCACAUGCGGCGCUUCCUUAGCAGCAAGGCACAAGAGAGUGAAAAAUUCUUCAAGGUCGAUCACUUCGACGACCGGGAAGGGAUCGGAAAGGGAGAAAAUACCACGGUCAACAUGUUGCGGACCGGGGGUCAUACCUCUAUUUCCGAGCAAGAAAGAGGAACUAAUGCCAGCAUGGCCAAAACGGGUGCCUCUUUUAAAACGCCAGAGGCGUUUGCGGAGAAACUGCGGCAGGAAUAUACUCCUGCCGGCGUGGCGAAAAGUGUGUGGCUCUUGACACUGCCUGCAAGGGCAUGGCCUGGCGUAGGACCGGUUGCGACGCGGCUUUUGGAGCGCUAUCGCAUUCAAACAAUCGGGGACGUGCACGCGCAUCGUGGCAUGCUUUGGCGUCUCUUCUCACCUGCCAUUGCGCAGUUGCUAGUGCUAGCUGCUUCAGGUCUCGAGAAGCGCAAGAAUACUGGACCGGGAGGCACAGGUGGCCGCAAUUUCUCAGCUUCAACCGCUGCUUUGGGAGCAAGCAACAAGGAUCAGCCUUACAAUCCAUUCGCAGAGGUUUCGGUUGGUGGGAUCAAUUUAGCGAACACGGCGCGCCACAAGCAGUCGCUUAGCCAAGAGCGAUCCUUCGGGCGCGAGGUGUCUGAUCUGGCCACUGUGCAGCAGCGGGUGAAGCAGUUGAGUGCCCGUGUGGCCGAAGAACUCCGAGACGCAAAGCUCGUUGGUCGCACGGUGACUUUGCGACUCAAACGUGCAAAGACCUUCGACUACAAGGCCUGGUCACAGCCUAUGGUUGCGCCACUCGCUUCUACAACUCAGCAUGGUGGCAACACUGGAAAUAAGAGUGGCACUUCUACGGCCACGUCUUCCAAUCUGUCCUCUCUGUAUUCAGGAGCUUGUGCACAAAUAAAUGAGGCAGCAAAUGCGAUACUGCUAAAGAGUGCGUGGCCAACCUGCCCUCAUGGGGUGUGGCUUGUGGGAGUCACGGUGUCGAAUUGUCGCCUUGUGGCGGACCUUGCGAUUGAGGAAGAGGCAGCGCGGCCUAAGCAGAUUCAGCCUAGUAUCAAAGACAUCUUUGGCAUCACUGCAAAUAGCAAAAAAGAGCCUGUUGUUCAGACUCCAAGAAAAAACAAUGGUAAAGAACAGCAAGUGAUUGUGCUGGAUGACAGUGACGAGGAGGAGAAACCUAGUCCUGCUCCCACGUCAUCUGGUGAGGAAGGACGACGAGAGAAAACAAGCAUAGCUCUCGAGAAAGAUGUCGUUUCAGGUGCACGGCCAACUGGUGAGUCACCUAUGAUCAAUAGAGAAGGCUCAGAUGAAGUACGCGACGACAGCAUGCAAAAGGUGGGAGAGCAAGACGAGAACGCGGAUUUCGCAGAGUCACGGGAGGAGCUCGGUCGGGGUAACUCGUCUCUCUGUUCUCGGCUCUGGCAAUUAGAUUCCGACGACGAGGAGGAACUCAAAAAGAGGACCGGAGCGGAUCAAAGCACGGCAGAACGCGGGACACCGUACAUAAGCGGGGCCAAAGCUACUUUUGCUAGUUCGUUUGAUCUACAAGCUUUUGUGAAAACUAUUAUUGAUUUCAGACGUAGAACAGGGAAAUCUCCUGGGGCUGAGGAGAAGAGGGCCGCGUCUGAGACCAACGCGUCCUCAAGAGCAGCAUAUAUAAGGGAAAACCCGGCGACAGCAAAUGUUGAGGGGAAUGAACUCAAAAAGCAUCGGACAGACCAUGACCUUGAUGAGGAAGUAUGCGAGUUUGAACAUGACGAUAGCGCUUUUGGCGGCGAACUUGUCAGUGGUUUCGACUGCGAUGAUCUAUUUUGAUUGUUGCAGAUCCUUCGCUCAAUGGAUGACAGACACACAGUAAUCAAC